AUGAAAUUCAACUUUUUUAUCACUUUAUCACUACUUUUUUUUUAAUUCAGUUCUUUCAAAGUAAGAUUAAUCAAAUAUUGUGCUUGUUUUGCUUACAUUCAGAUUAGGAAAAUUCAUGUGCCAAUUGUCGAAGUUAAAUUCGUAUUAUGCUCAAAUUUGUGCAUGCACACAUACCUAAUUGUAUUGUAAAUUCGGCCACAGCCACAUAUUUUAAAGCUCGAGCUUGUUUGAACAACGGUUUUCGAGGACAUCACAGUAAUCAAGCCACCGUUAAUUUAAAACCAAUGAAGAUCCAAAUACUUCCUGCUCUCACCGACAAUUACAUGUACUUGAUUACAGAUGAGACUACUAAAGAAUCAGCUGUAGUCGAUCCAGUAGAACCCGAUACGGUUUUGCAAGCCGUUAGUGCUGAAGGAUCUCGUUUGACAAAGAUAUUAACUACUCACCACCACUGGGAUCAUGCUGGAGGUAACGAGCAGCUCGUCAAAAAGUACCCGGGGCCUUUACAAAUCAUCGGAGGCGAUCAAAGAAUAGGUGCUUUAAAUACCUUGGUGAAAGAUGGAGACUCGUUCAAUAUCGGAAACAUAAAAGUAGAUUGUAUCUACACACCUUGCCACACAACAGGCCACAUUUGCUACUACUUGUCAACUCCUAACCAAGUGCCUGCUGUGUUUACCGGCGAUACGUUAUUCGUGGCUGGUUGCGGAAGGUUCUUCGAAGGUACUCCCGAGCAAAUGUACACAGCGCUCGUGGAAAAACUGUCUCGUCUGCCCGAUGAUACGCGAGUUUUCUGCGGACACGAAUACACGGUGCAAAAUCUAAAAUUCGCUCAAACUGUCGAUAGCAAUAAUCCUCAAGUACAUAGGAAAUUCGAAUGGGCUGUUGACAAACGAAGCAAAGGAGAACCGACUAUUCCAUCUUCGAUAGGCGAAGAAAAGGCGACUAAUCCAUUCAUGAGGGUAACAUUACCGGAGAUCCAGACUCAAGCCGGGUGUAAUUCACCCAUUGCAGCAAUGCAAACUAUCAGAAAACAGAAGGAUAAUUUUACCGGUUAAAGAACAUUUCACAAUUCCAAUUUAG